AUGCAGACCCAGAGCCACCUCAACAACACCCGCAAGGGAGAGUAUGGGUUUUUGAAACUCCGAGGUCGCGAGAAUGAAGUAUCAUGGGACGAUUUUAUUACGCUGUACCACCGCGUGAACAAGCUUCCAGCUUCUGGGUCAUCCAGUUGUGAAACCUCUGAGAGCGAUGAUGCCUCCAGUGUCUCGUCAACUUCAGAUACGUCCGGGUCAGGCACACAAAUCGCAAACUUUCUGCCAGUCAAAGCUCCUGGAUUUCACGUCUAUGUUCCCAUUCGAACACAGACACUCAUUCUCACACGAAUCCAGGCUAUCUUGGAACAUGCCUGCUUUAGCUUCGCCCAAGAGGCUAUGCCAGACAUCCUUGAAAAGACACAGUGGUCAUGCCCAGAAGCAGGAGAACGAAGUGCUUGGGCAUUCUACUUUAAGAAGCGCUGGGAAAUACUCCAGCAGCUCAGUCGUUGUCAAGGAAGUGGCCUCAUCCUCACCUCUUUUCUCUACUCAGCCAAACAAAUUCGACAUAUUGCUGUUCGCCGACAGCCCAUCACAACGGACCACCUGUCCAUGUUGAGUCAUGCCAUCAACUUCUGCAUUUGCCUUGACGUCCCAAAGGCCUUGGACAUGAUCCGCAAGAUUCGAGAUUCUGCGGAAACUCAAAUCCAAAAGCUUGCGGACUGCAAAAAGAACAUCGAACAAGGACUUAGCACGGUUAGCCACGAGACCUCCAUGACACGCAUGGAACUCUGGGCGCAUGAGCAGCAAGAAAUGCAAGAAGCCUGCAAGAAGUUUGAGAAAAGGAGAACGGCCAUCUUCAAGAAGGUCGAAAACUUGCUCCUUUCUAGGGAGGUAGCGUGCUUUACCUUAGAAGACGAUGACGAAGAGUAA